AUGAACCGCACCGCGUCUCUCGCCGCCCUCCUCCUCCUCUUCGCUGUGGCCGGCGCCGGCCCAGGCAGGGCCCAACAACCCGCAGCCUCGCCGACUACCCAUUCGCCCUUUGCCUCUGUCUCACCUGGCUCUCCGUAUUCGAGCGCAAGCGGCUUCUCCCAGCCCCCCUCUGCCGACUCCCCGGCGGCGGCGGCGCCCAAUCAAUCGGAUGAUGCUCCGACCCCAUCCCCGGACCAAACCCCCAGACUGGCGCCUUCUGCUUCCGCCCCUGCACCCAAUUCCGGACCCGCUUCCUCCCCGGCGAGUUCCCCCUCCUCCUCUCCCACUCCCGAAGCUUCAUAUUCCUCCCCCUCCCCCUCCCCCUCCUCCUCUCCCACUCCUGAAGCUUCAUAUUCCUCCCCCUCCCCCUCCUCCUCUCCCACUCGUGAAGCUUCAUAUUCCUCCCCCUCUCCCUCCGCCUCAAUGUCCGUCUCUCCCUCACCCUCCGCCACCGCACAAGUCCCAGGGCCAGAUUUUGACGUGGCGGACUCUCCCAUAGACGACUUGCUGCCGCCAGGGGCUCCGGACUCCGAUGUGUCGUCUUCCAUAUCCGAUUUGCUGGCCCCAGGUCCGGCCGACGAUUCUACCGAUGAUACCGCCUCGGCUAGCCAUGCCGCCGUUGCCACCGCAUUCCGCACGGUGGCGGUAGCUUUAGCCGCUGCCGCCAUUGCUUCCUAA